UUAAUCAAAUUAAAAUAAAUAAAUUUUCAAAAUAUUUAAAAACUCAUCAAAAUUUAAUUAUUAAUUUAAGCUAAAAAAAUUUUUAAGAAAGCAAUCAUGGAAAACUUUUUAAGAUUCGACGAUUAUUAUUUCACUAUUUGCAAAGAAACAGGUGGAAUUGAAGGAGUCCUCCACUCUAUGUUCAAUUUCCUUUUUAGAAGAACUGAUUUCUUCUACGAAGCUGAUCCAGGUGAUAAAAUGGGAUUUAUUCCAGGUCAAUCCAAGCAAUUAGUUAAUAAAAUCUUUGACUAGUAUUAAAACGAGCACUACAAAAGAUUCCCUCCUAAAGACCCAGAACAAUAUGCCAAGAAAAUUGAAGAAUAUAAAAAGAAAAAAGAAUAGGAGUCUAAGAUUGGUGAAUAAGCAGUUUCACCAUAGGUUGAAAAACCAUCAGAAAACCAAACAUCAUAAAAGAAGGAAGUUAAUACAUCUCAAACUGCUAAAGUUUAAACAGAAAACCAAGAAAAGCAAAUAUAAAACCAAAAGGAAACAAAUCAAAAACCUUCAAGCAAUAUUUCUACUUACAAUGGUGGAGAAACUGAGAAGUAUAAAUGGUCAUAAAGUAUUAAUGAUAUCACUGUAGAAUUAAGAUUGCCUAGAAAAGUUAAAUCGAAAGAAUUAAAUGUAGAGUUUAAAGUUAAUCAUCUCAAAGUCACUUUGAAACCUGAAAAUACUGUUUUAAUUGAUGGCGAAUUAUAUGAAAAAAUCAAGGUUGAAGAUUCUUUGUGGAACAUAGAUGGGGACCUUCUUUAAAUUACUAUGGAAAAGGGUAUUGAAACUAUUUGGAAAACAAUUAUCAAAGGAGACUAAGAAAUAGAUGCAACAAAAGUAGAAAAUUCAAAGCCUUUGGAAUCCUUUGAUACAGAGACUUAAGGUGCUUUGAGAAAAAUUAUGUAUGAGUAAUAAAGAAAACAAAUGGGAUUACCAUCAACAGAAGAAGAGUAGUAAUUAGAAGCAUUAAAGAAAGCCUGGAAUGCAGAAGGUUCUCCAUUUAAAGGAUAGCCAUUUGAUCCCAGCAAGUUUAAUAUUGGAGGAGGUGGAAUGAACUUACCUCCUAUGUAAUGA